ACAUACUACAUAUUACACAGUGUCAAUCUGUUGUAUAAAAAACAAUAAUUGUCAAUUAUGAAUAAAUUGCAUACACUUCCCUAGAUUAAAUAAUCUAAUGUGCAAAGUACUAGUAUUUGCUUUUUUGGUAUAUUUGGUAUUUUUUGUAAUGUAAAAUUCUAUGUAUUUUCAGUAGAUUGUUCUUCAUCGGUAAGACAAGGAAUUGAAUUAGAACUGUCAGAAUUGACAGUUAAUUCUUACAAACCGUAACAAAUUAAUAUGUAUUUUAAAUAUUAAUAUCAUGUUGGAUCGAUCAAAUAAAUACUGACAUACAGUUAAAUAUGCAAAUUAAAUAAUUUUUAUUGUAACUAUCGUGCUAUCGGAAACUUUAUAAAACAAGAACGAUGGCAAUGUUUAGCAUAGUGCUAGUAAUCGCUUUUGGAAUAAUAAUUAUUUUGUUUUUGAGAUCUUAUUUCCGGCGACGUCGUGUGAAAAAUGUUAAUAACAAGCACGUUGUUGUAACUGGUGGUUCUAGUGGUAUUGGGAAAUGUGUCGCAAUUAUUGCUGCCAGACACGGAGCACAUGUCACAAUAAUUGCAAGAGACAUCCAAAAAUUAGAGGCUGCGAAGAAUGAAAUAAUUCAUGCUUGCAAAGAUAGAGAUGUGCAGAAAGUGGAAUAUUUGUCUCUAGAUAUUGGUGAAGAUUAUGAAGUAGUUGAAAAGGCCUUAAAUGAUUUAGAAAGGAAUAUGGGUCCAAUUUAUAUGUUAGUAAAUUGUGCUGGUACUGCAAUCUGUGGUAAAAUUGAGGAUACCACAGUGUCAGACUUAAAGAAAAUGAUAAACAUUAAUUUCCUUGGGUCAUAUUAUUGUAUCAAAGCUGUGGUCCAAAGAAUGAAGGCUACUCAGGAAGGAAUAAUUGUUUUAACUUCUUCUCUAGCCUCACUUAUGGGCAUAUUUGGUUAUUCAGCUUAUUGUAGUACAAAAUUUGCUGUUCGAGGUCUAGCAGAAAGUAUAUCUAUGGAACUUAAGCCAUAUAAUAUUUCUACAACUCUGUGUUUACCUCCAGACACAGACACUCCAGGGUUUGCUAUAGAAAACCUAACAAAACCACUUGAAACAAAACUUAUAUCUGAGACCAGUGCUCUAGUCAGUCCUGAAGUGGUAGCGAACAAACUUUUUCAAGAUGCAUUGGAUGGUAACUUCUUCUCUACAGUUGGCAUAGAAGGUUUCAUGUUAUCUGUUCUAUGUUCUGGGAUGUCACCAUUCAAUUCGUAUGGGGAACUAAUUGUACAAUCAUGGCUCAUGGGUCUUUUUCGUUUUAUAAGUGCUUGUUACCUGAUCCGCUUCCAAAAAAUCAUUCAAAAUUGUAUAAAGAAGCGGGAUAAGAAUAAGAAGUCCGAAUAACGAAAAAAAUGACUGCUUUGUCAUAUUUUUUAUUCCGUCUGUGCACAAUAAAA